AUGCCUAAGAAAACAACUCUUAUUGAUCAACAAAAACAUGAACUUUGUGUCUAUGCCUGUGAUAAUAAAAAAACUCAGUCUCAAUAUGUUGAAUGGAUUGAGAACAAAUGGAACCUUAAAUAUCAAACAAUUUUAACUGAUGCUUUACUAGUUGAAAAAGCAAAAGUACUUGCUGAUAGUUUAGGGAUUCCUCAAAAUGCACUAAGUUUUUCCCCUAGCUGGCUUUAUAAAUUAGAACCCGAUUAUAUAUUGGCAACCCAACAUCUUUCUGGAUGUAAAAGAAGUAAAGAACGGCUCUCAAUUGCAUUGUGUGCAAAUGUUAAUGGCUCCCAUAAACUGAAUUCUUUUAUAAUUGGAAAAUAUAAAAAACUGCGCUGUUUUAAAAAUAUUAAUGUCAUUUUCAAGUUGGAUAUUACAAGAAGUCGAAAAUGGAUGAUGCGCAGAAGAUUUAAAAAUGGAUGUGUUAAAGCAAUCCAUUUUACUAUUCAAGGGUCUUUAGAAGAUUUUCACCAAACCACAGAUUCUAUUAUUAAUGAAAUUGCCAAUGCACUUGAAUCUCUUGGUCUUCCUGACCCUAUAAACGUUGAAAAGUACAUUGCAAUUCCUGAAGAAAAUAUUGUUUAUGAAGUUCUCCCCAAUAAUCAAGUUAUUAUGGAGCUUGUUGAAACCUUCAGAAUGGAUAACCCAAUAGAUGCUGACUCAGAAGAUGCUGACAAUAGCCUUGAAAUCCCUAUCGUUAGUGCCGACAUGGCAACUGCAAGUUUGAAAACCAUGCUUACAUUUUUACUUCAGCAGGAUAAUACAGAAAAAUAUAUUAAUUAUGUAAAAAAAAUUAAAAAUUUUAUCAAAAAGAUAAAGGUUGGCCACAUGCGACAAAGUAAAAUUGAUUAA